AUGAACUGCAACAUCUGUCAAAGACCCCACAAUCCUCAGCGGUUGCCCUUCCUUUGUGCUGUGGAUGCCCGGAACCACUGCUAUGAGGGUCGCCUCAAGAAUCUCCAGUUGUUGAUGGAGAAUGAGAGUCUUCAGAAUCAGAUCAAUGCCCUGCUUGCCCAAGACGCAUCGGGCAAUGCCCCCAACCCGACUAUCGCUGCUGAACAUUCGACAUCUGAAUUGAAAAAGGCUGAAGAUCGAACGGACCAUAUCAUCGCACAGGCCGACAAGCUGAGGGAUGAGAUCGCCGCUGCCAGGAGGGAGAUUGCCGAUCGUAAAGCUGCCAUUGCUUGCCGAAAGUCGGAGCUUGCAUCUGCAUCGAGUGGUAUUGCUGUUCGCAGAAACAGACAACUCGAGGAGUCUGAGCGCUCCAUCUCUGUCGCCAAGUACAAAUGGGCCCGCAGUGCUGAUCAGAUGUCGUCUACUCGAGCCUUUCUCUGCAUGGAGGCUGCCAAGCUAUACGGUCUGCGCCGUGUCAAGAAAGGCUCGUCGUCUCGUUAUGAUUUCAAGAUCGGUGGCGUUGACAUUGUCGACCUUUCGUCUAUGAAUACGGCCUCACCCGAUGUCUUGUCGACCUCUCUUGCCAACAUUGCCCAUGUUCUGGCUCUGACGUCUCAUUAUCUCUCCAUCCGGCUUCCCGCGGAGAUCACGCUGCCCCAUCGCGAUUAUCCGCGACCCACUAUCUUCAACCUCGCUUCGUCGUACCAACAUGGCGAGGUCCCGUUCCCCGGCUCUUCGGCGAUUCCCAGUUUUGUUUCGGGGGAGCGUGACAGUCAGCCACACUACGUUCCCCGUCCGCGACCACUAUUUGUCGAGAAAGCCUUGCCUGUUCUAGCCAAAGAAGAUCCGGUGGCCCAUUCCCUUUUCCUGGAAGGUGUGACGCUGCUGGCAUAUGAUAUCGCCUGGGCAUGUAGCACUCAGGGUGCCUUUGUUGGGGACCGCAAUUCAUUCGAGGAUGUCUGCCACAUGGGUCGUAACCUGUACAACUUGCUCAUUGGCCAACAACUCCACAGCACUCAAACUGGGCGCCUCUAUCCCCCGGCGACUUCAUCGCCCGCCACGAAGCAUGACACACCCGACCAGGAAGACCUCGGCAAAGCCCCUUCGUGGAUGGGGCGAUAUUCCCACGGCACAACGUAUGCGUUCCUCGGCGGUGCUGAGGGCUCCGAGUUCGUUCGCAGCUUUAAGCUUCCUAGCCCCCUGAAGCUUGCUGACAAGCUCAAGAAGAAGCUCAUCAGUGAGGCUGCUGUACCAGAGUGGGAAGUUCUUGAGGAUGAUGCGUGGGCUCUUGAUGACGGCGAAGGUCAACCAAAUCGGGCUGGCGGUGGUGGCGGCGGUACAAAUGGCUGGACAAAAGUGAAAAACAGGUAG